CAUCAGUUUUACGUAUAGAGACAGCGUCGUCCUUCCUUCCCCCACCGCCUCUUUUUUAACUUCUGGCAGAAGUGCGGAUGUGAGUUGCAUAUCGAUACGGAACAGGCCGCCACUUUUCUCUUAAGCAAUGCGUGCAUAGGCAAUGACCAUUAUUGUGGAGCUAUGAAUCCAGAGGAGCAGACUGUAACGUGGUUAAUAUCACUGGGAGUGCUCAGCUCGCCUAAAAAGAAUAUAGCGGACCCGGAGGAGUUUUUGAAAACAUCGCUGAAGGAUGGGGUCGUCUUAUGCAAGCUCACGGAAAGGCUCGUACCUGGGUUUACUCCCAAGUAUUGCCAGGACCCGAGAACUGAAGCCGACUGCCUUUCCAACAUCAGGGAGUUUUUAAAAGGAUGCUCGACCCUCAAAGUGGAGGGGUUUGAACCAGAGUGUUUAUACACUGGUGAGAAUUUUGGCAAGGUACUGACUACUCUGCUGGCGGUCAACUUCGCCACACAAGACUGUGCUGCUGAGAGGUCAUGUUCGCAGUCUGGAGCCCCCUCUCCUAAUCAGUCGACAUCAUCCCACACCUUUCCCUCCACCAAAUCAAAAGGCUCUCUACGCAGACAAUCCAAAUCAGUGGAGAUGUCUGAGAACGGUGGAGGUGGACAGCUGAUGGUGAAGGCCCGCUUCAACUUCAAGCAGAACAACGAGGACGAGCUGUCUUUCAAUAAAGGAGACCUGAUCCACGUGACGCGGCAGGAGGAGGGAGGGUGGUGGGAGGGCAUGCUCAGUGGCAGGACGGGCUGGUUCCCCAGUAACUACGUCAGAGAGAUCAAACCCUGUGAGAAGCCAGUUUCUCCUAAAGGAACCCAGCUGACCAAGAACUACUACAGUGUGGUAGUGCAAGACAUCUUGGAACAUGAGCGGGAGUUUGUCAAAGAGCUACAAACAGUCCUGACUUCUUAUCUGCGGCCCUUACAAACCAGUGACAAGCUGAGCAGUGCAGACAGCACCACGCUGUGUGGAAACCUGGAGGAGAUCCUCACCUUCCAGCAGGCGCUUUGUGUAGCUCUGGAGGACUGUACCAAAGUCUCAGAUGGCCAGCAGCGAGUGGCAGGCUAUUAUCUGAACAUGAUGGGUCAGAUCAAGACCUUGUACCUGGCUUACUGCUCCAGCCACCCUUCAGCUGUCUGCAUCCUGACUGAUCACAGUGAGGAGUUAGAUAAGUUCAUGGAGAGCCAGGGAGCCAGUGCUCCAGGGAUCCUGACCCUGACAACCAGUCUCAGCAAACCCUUCAUGAGGCUCGACAAAUACCCCACCCUGCUGCAGGAGCUGGAGAGACAUGUGGAGGAAGCCCACCCAGACUAUGCAGACAUUGUGAAGGCCACAGCGGCAUUUAAGAACCUGGUGACACAGUGCCAGGACCUGCGGAAGCGUAAAAUCCUGGAGCUCCAGAUUUUGUCAGAACCAGUUCGGUCCUGGGAGGGAGACAACAUGAAGAGCCUCGGGCAUGUGGCCUACAUGUCCCAGGUCCACUUGAAAAAUGGGUCCAGUGAGGAGAAAGAGGAGCGCUACCUAAUGCUUUUUCCUAAUGUGUUGGUCAUGCUUUCCGCCAGUCCUCGAAUGAGUGGCUUUAUUUAUCAGGGAAGACUCCCACUGACAGGUACCACAGUAACAAGACACGCAGAGGAUGCAGACAGUGCACACUAUGCCUUUGACAUCACAGGAAGCAUGAUCGAGCGUAUCACAGUGUUCUGCAGUAGUGCCCAGGAGCUACAGGAGUGGCUAGAGCAUCUUCAGCCCUUUACCAAAGGAGGCAGCCCUGCAGGAACCAUCUCAAAGACCGUCGAAGGGAAACCGUUAAGUAUGGUCGGCACCCCAACUCACCUGUCCCACCUGGGCAGCCUCAGCUCUGUCAGCCGUGGACCCCUGGAACCGCCUAAGAUCAGCAAGCCCUGGUCACUCAGCUGCCUGCGCCCUGCCCCUCCCCUGAAACCCUCUGCUGCGCUGGGAUAUAAAGAGAGGAUGUCUUAUAUCAUGAAGGAUUCCAGCAAGAGCCCACGGCCCAUAAAAAAGUUCCUGCCAGGCAACAGGAAGAAAGAACGAAAGGCAUCUGAUGAUGAUGUUCAGACGAGGAAAAGCACGGUAGCCCUGGAGGAGGACGCUCAGAUACUCAGGGUGAUUGAGGCAUAUUGCACAGGAGCCAGCCUGCACCAGACCAGCACAGGUCUGUGUUUAACAGUGCGGAAAGAGUGCGUCCCUCAGGUGCUUCUGCCAGAGGAGGAGAAGAUCAUCGUGGAGGAGAUGAAGAGUAACGGGCAGACUGUUAUUGAGGAGAAGAGCCUGGUUGAUGCUGUUUACGCCUUAAAGGACGAAGUUCAUGAAUUGAAAAAGGAGAACAAGUGGAUGAAGCAGUUUCUGGAGGAAGAGCAGAAGUCUCGCAAAGAGCUGGAGAGAGUGGUUCGAAAACUGGCCAAGCAGAAGAAUGAUUGUUCUUGGGAAGACGGCGGCCACUGAACACAUCCCUUCAAUCAUCCUCACCCUGGUGUGACUGUGUGUGUGUGUGUGUGUGUGUGUGUGUGUGUGUGUGUGUGUGUGUGUGUGUGUGUGUGUGUGUGUGUGUGACUGUGUGUGUGUGUGUGUGUGUGUGUGUGUGUGUGUCUGAGUGAGUGUGUGUGUGUGGGUCCAUUUAUGUAAGCAUGCUUGGGGAGGGACAGAAGGGUUGAGGCUUGUGUGUGUUUGCGUGUCUGUGUCAAUUUCACGUCGCCGUAUUUUAAUAUCCACACAUGGCAAAGUUGGACUCGCUUUCUGGCGAAUAUGCUCCAAGUGUCUUCUCUGCAAACCCUGGAGCGUGACACUUUGAUUAAUUCUAAAAUGUCUUCCUGAUCCAGCUUCUCACUUUGAGACUACAAACAUGCCUCUUCAUGAAGCAGCUAAGCUAUACCAAGACUGAUCAAGUGGUUUUCAAACGUACUGCACUGUGAACACUCCGCGGCUGGCAGAACAAUCCAAGAAGAAGACAGAAUGAGUUCUCUGCUGCUUCUUUUGCUUCAUUUGGAGAAAGAAAAGGAGCUAGAAGCCAUCACGUCCAAUAUGUGUCCUCUUGCAUGCACUUCUGUUACCAAGAAGACUGAUUUCCCUCCCUUAACACCUUAACUUUUUUUUUUUUUUUUUGGUCAUUGACAUUUUUUACCUGUCACAAAAACUGUUUUUGGGGAACAGGUUCAUCAAGCUUUCUUGAGCAUGUGUGUUUAGCUUUUUGGCUUUCAAGACAUUCAUUUUACAAGUUUCUAGGUGGCUUUUUGGCAUUUCAGAAACUCAAAUCAGGUUGGGUAAUCAUGAAACAUUCAAAACACAGCUCUUUACAGUUUAUUUAAAAACUGCAUGAAUGUACAGCGAUCCUACAGGAUCAAUUCUGCAUCAGAAAUGUGAUAAUCAAGAUAUUCAGAUUUAUAGUCCAAAGCUUUCAGGGAUGAAGCUUCAAUAUAGAAUAGAGAAAGCUGAACUAUAUAUCAUUUAUUAUACAAAAGUAAGCAAAUAAUGACAGAAAUGUCAACCCUACUUUUCUUACUAAAAUAUACUCCUAUAACAGUUUAACAUAUUAAAAACAUAGCCUUGCAUUCUUUGCAUUUUUAAAGAUUCUUUAUUUAUUUCACACCCAGGUAUUAAAUUGUGGUGUGAGCCUUUAUAGUUGUAGUUUUGCUGCCUUUUAAUCUGUAAUUUUAUUAAACUACACUGAUGUGUUAAGGCAGAAAAAUCACUGUUUCGGCUGGAGAUUUAAAAAAAAUCAUUUUACAUCAGUGAAUAGGGAAAAUUAACAUAAUAUUGAAUUUUUGUGUGUAGCCUCCUUGCAGGUUCCUGCAGAGAUGGAGGCAGACAGAGGAAAUACAGAGAGAAGAGAAAAUGAGAGAGAUUUAUCUGUGGAUUAAAAGUAGAGCUCAUUGGUUUUAAGUGCCUCCCUAAAGGGUCAAUAAACUUUAAAAGAGAGUUAAAGACCAGAAAGAGACUAAAUGGAUGAUUUAUUCUGAAAGUGUCACAGUUGGUUUGUCGUAUUAUUUCAAUAGGAAUGGCUCAGUGUGAAUGAGUCUGAAAACAUACAGGGCUUUGCUUCCUUUGCUACGUUUCAUGCACAAGGACCCACAACGGUACAUUUCCUCAUGAGGUUAAUUGCGUGUGCACUGUCAACACUGUUAUGUACUCAUGCUGCGUUGUAGAGCAGCUGUGGAUGUUACUGAAAUGCAAUAAGUGACUGCUUUACUGGCUCAACUCUGGGUGGGACCCAGCAUGGGUGGCCAGGUUUGGAGAACUUGCAAUAAUAAUAAUAUUAAUAAUGAUGAUGAAUGAAUUAACUCGAUUUAUUAACCAAAAAAAAGGGCCAGGCCAUUUGUGUGGUUCUGCUGCCACACAGUUUGGCUAUGCUUCUUUCCAUUUGCCUUUAUUAAAUUCUGUUUCUUGGUGUUAAUUAUUCUUUUAUAAAUCACCGUCUAGGGCCAAGUUUCCAUAAGAAUUAGAUUUUUUUUUCUCAGACUGUACAAUCCACAUUUGGAAGUAUACAUCUGUAGAACAAGGGAGUAGGGGACAAAGAAUCAUCUGCUAAAGAGCUAUCGUUUCCUCAAUGGCGCCUCAGCAAGACGAACGUGGAGACCUCUACAGAUGUGUGCUUUUCAUAGCUGUCUCAUCAUAAGUUGUCUGUGGAGAUUAACAUUAUAUAGAUGUAUUGGUUCUCUGAAUUGUACCACAUAAUGUAGUUUUCAAUUCCCAGCAGCCUCCGUGAGCACUUACUGGUGGGAGUAGGUUGAACACCGACUUGUUUAUCUGAAAUGACGUCUCCAGACCACUGUGUGUGUGUUUGUUUGUGUGUGUGUGAGUGUGUUUUGUUUAUCGAAAGGUUCUAUGCAAAUAUUGUUGCAAGUAUUGUAAUGCUUAUUUUUUCUAGACACUCUGUACUUUGUGUUUGGUAUGGUCAUUCUUUUAUUAAAAGUUUAAUAUAAGAA